GUAUCGAGAGAUCAACUGUGGACAUCGUCGAGUAUGAAAUGAAAGCCUUUGACUGCGCAAACUGAUAAACCAUUGUUUCAGAAUCCAAACAGAUCUCUUCUCUCCUUAUCUCACUUACUUGGAUUUCGCUAUCCAAAUCUCCCAAGGUAGUACUGAAAUGGCCGAAUCAAAGCCGUUGAGGAAACCUGUUUUCACCAAGGUGGACCAACUUCGUCCCGGCACUAGUGGUCACACGCUUACUGUCAAGGUUGUUAGUACAAAAAUGGUGUUGCAGAAGGCCCGUGCUGAUGGUCCUCAAGUUCGUCAAACGCGAAUUGCUGAAUGCUUGGUUGGAGAUGAGACAGGAAUGGUUAUCUUUACAGCCAGAAAUGAUCAAGUGGACUUAAUGAAAGAGGGAACCACUGUAACAUUUCGCAAUGCGAAAGUUGACAUGUUUAAGGGAUCAAUGAGGCUUGCAGUGGACAAGUGGGGUCGGGUUGAGGUAGCUGAACCUGCUAGUUUUUUGGUGAAGGAAGAUAAUAAUCUUUCACUGAUCGAAUAUGAACUGGUUAAUGUUGUUGAAGAGUGACCCUUUCUAGAUGGCUUGAUCCAAGAAUAAAAUCGACGGCAGUACGCAUGUUAUUCCGAUCUACACGACAUCUCAUCUUCAAAGAGGCUUCAGGAAGUUGAGUUUUAGGAAAGAAUAAAUCUGGAAGCUACUGUAAGUACUCGAAGUUGCUUGUUGUCUUCGCACCAAAUCCAGCAGAACCUUUUCGGUUGGAGGUAUUGUGAUGGCUGUAAAAUUUAGAGU